AAUUGAUAAUCGUCUUCAAAUGCUCUUAAAAAUCGAACACCACGACAUAUUGAUCUACGGAUUGUGACAAUCGUUACCCAACUGUAUUUAAGGGACAUGAGCAAUGGGAAAAUAUUAAAUUUGAACAACUGUUGCCCAAGACAAGCCUGGCGCUAGACUUGCGCAGUUCAAGCGAAAAUUUGUGUUUUGUAGAUCUACUCAAUAACAAAGUACACUCAGAAGGUUGAUACAUGGUGCAUUGAACUAUCUCUGUUUGGGGGAGGAACCUUCAGUCAACAUUUAAAUAUGAACCCCUUUGGAAACAGUAUGUCGUCUCCAGCUCUAGCUGGGUGCCACAGACUGCCGCAGAUUGCAACUAUGGGAAGGAAUAUUCGCACUGCUCAAAGUAAGGCUAGUGCCAAACAGAACUUAGAGUCAAAGCCAGGAGACGAGUCAGCCGUUCUGCAUGUUGAGGGCACUUCCAAAGUUAUAAAGAUACUCACAGAUGGAAUAGCUGAGUUCACAGAGGAUUUAGUCAGUAGAGACAAUGUUCAAAGUGAGGAUCCUGCUCCCUUAGAAAACUCUGUAGCUGUAGCUGAUGAUGAGGGUGAGAAAAAGCCUCGAAAGACAAAACGGCAGAGAAAGAGCGAUUUGAGUAAGGUGAAUGCUCCUGCUUCCGGGGAUUCUUCGGUUUCAUUGUCUGAAGCUGGAAGUGUUUCUGCCAAUGAACUGAUUCCAAAAAGUACUGUGGAUACAGUUCUGCCAGAGAUGAAUGAGAAUGUAGGACCCACUUUGCAUGGUGUAGAGGCAAAUACUGAGAUGAAUGAAGCACCACAAAAAGUUGAGUGUCCAGUGCUGGAUUUGCAGACUGCUAUCUCUGGUCAGAGGAAUAAUGAAAGAAAUAGAACACCUAGAGGUCGAGGAAGGAAAAGAGUGCAGAAAAAUGAGGAGUCUGCGGUCAACCCUGAGGUGUUUAAAGCUGAGAAAAUUGAAUCAUCAGAAGUUAAUCAAUUACAAAACAUUUCAAAAGCAAUUGAAGAAGCCGCAACCCUUGAGAAUGAAGACAAAAAAGUGCAUGUUGCUCCAGCAGGACAUAUUCCAAGGUGUGUUCUCAUUUUACCAUCAGAAGUGCCCGCAGAAGCACAGCUGGAGAAACUGAUGUCAAUGGCUUCUUCUAUAGAAUAUGAUCAUAUGUAUCCGCCCUUGUAUGAAGAAGGUGAACUGCUUUGGGCGAAAGUGAGUGGUCAUCCAUACUGGCCCUGCAUGGUGGCACGUUGUCCGUUUUCAAAAAUGUAUACAAGAAUCAAAGGAGAUAUAAGAGUCGUCAGGUCAUAUCAUGUCCAGUUCUUUGGAAAUGAAGUAGAAAGAGGCUGGGUAAAUGAAGCUUCAAUGUUGAAGUUUGAGGGGAAGUUAAAAUUUUUAGAACGUGCCCAAGUGGAGACGGCUACUAAACAGCCCAAAAGGGGUAAAAGCAAUUACAAUCCUUUCAAGAUAAACAUUACUCGCCGACAUGCGUGGAACAUAGCUGUAGAUGAAGCCGAAAGUGCAAUACCUUUGUCUGAAGAAGACAGAAUAGUGCAAUAUUCAUUUGAUUAUGUGUUUGUGGAGGAUGAGAAGAAAAUGAAACUUAAAGCAAAAGAGGAGUCGGAAGGGGAGGAUGCAGGCACUCUGAAGGCAAAACGUGGGCGUAAAAGGAAGAGACAGACUUCAGGUAGUGAAGAUACUUCUCCAGAAGCCAAACGGAAAAGGGGAAAGAAAAGUGUAGGAGAGGCUAGCCCAUUUCUUGUAACGACAGAGACUUCGUUUGAUGCUUAUUAUGCCAGUCACCGCAGCACAGUCAUUGAUCAGCAUCCGGAGUGGGACACCUCUCUGGUUUUUGAGUACUUGAGACAACAAUGGGAAAUUGUUUCGGAUAAAAAAAAGAAUUUGCAAAAGAAAUCUAGAGCCUUGAAAUCACCACUUGUGGGAAAUAAGCAUGGCACAACAACUGAGAUGUCGUCUCAAGGGAAGCAGUUGAUGAGUUCCCCGCUUCAACCAGAUUCAUCAAAAAGAGGACGGAAAUCUUCAAAACUGCUGAAGCUUUUGACAAGUGAUUCUGUGCCAAGUAGUGCAAAGAAAAGCAAAGAAUUUGAAUCUGAUGAGGCCAUUAAUAAGAUUGACUCAAUCAUAGCUGCCGUUGCUGCAAACAGUGAGGCUGAAACUCCAGAACAAAGUGUCGUGCAGCCGCGUAAACGGGGACGAGUGAAGAAAGUGCCUGACAGCAAUACAUCUGUCUCUGAGCUUUCUCGGUCUAGCACUCCAGCCAGUUUUGCUGAGGAGGGGGUAGAGGAGGACCUAUUGAGACCAAAGGUUGCUGCCUCUGCAUUGUCUGCUCGGAAAGCUAGCCAUGAAUCUGAUUCCAGCACAGAGGGAAAAACCAAGGGUUUAAAAGAAAAUGAGCAGUAUGAACUGGAGAUCUUCAAAUUGUUAGCCACCAGUAGGAUAGAGAAAGAUAGCAUUUGCGCAGUGUGUGAGAAGAAUGAAAACGUGGUGGAAUGUAGUGGCAGCUGUUGCCAGCAUUUUCACCUGGCUUGUGUUGGGAUGGACUUGCAGUCAGAUGCCAGCUUUAAAUGUCCAGAGUGCACUUCAGGAAUACAUUCAUGUUUUUUGUGCAAGAAAGCAGAUAUAGACACGAAGAGAUGUUGUGUUGCCUUGUGCGGAAAGUAUUACCAUGAAGGUUGUGUCAAGAAAUUGAGAUUGACACGACAGGAGUCCAAAGGUUUUGUCUGUCCAUUGCAUACAUGUGCCACCUGUGCUGUUGAUAAUUUGAGGAAUCCUCGAGCAUGUAAAGGACGUCUGUUCAAAUGUGUAAGGUGCCCAACAGCUUAUCAUGUGGGAGACUUCUGUGUGGCUGCCGGCAGUGUCAACUUAGUGGGCACCAAUAUCCUCUGCAGCAGUCAUUUCCAGCCCAAUAAGUCUCUUACAUUGCAUGCACGGCUCAACAUCACCUGGUGCUUUAGCUGCAGUAAAGGGGGCACACUGCUGUGUUGUGAGGGCUGUCCUGCAGCGUUCCAUGCUGAGUGUGUCAAAGUGGAGAAAACGCCGGAGGAAGCUUGGUACUGCAUAGACUGUGCUGCAGGGAGGAAACCUCUGUAUGGGAAUAUUGUCUGGAUUAAAGUCGGAAACUACAGGUGGUGGCCUGGUGAAAUUUGCCACCCAAGAAACGUUCCUCGUAACAUUCAGGAGAGACCUCAUCAAGUUGGGGAGUUUCCAGUGCGCUUUUUUGGAUCACAUGAUUACUACUGGAUUCAUCGGGGAAGGGUCUUUAACUUCCAAGAAGGAGACAAAGGAAGCAAGGAGAGCUCGUCCCGGGGACUGUUUAAGGUUUACAUGAGAGGUGUGAAGGAAGCCACAGAGGCUUUCAAGCUGUGGACUGCUGCCAAGGCCAAGAAGGUGGAGCAGGAGCAAGAGCGCAGUGAUAAAAAACCUGGCCCAUACAAGAUUGUCAAGAGCAAUGUUCCUAUUGGAAAUGUCCAGAUCUACAAGGCAGAACUGUCGGAAAUCCCAAGAUGUGAGUGCAAACCCGACCAGGAAGAUGCCUGCUCCUCUGACUGCCUCAACAGGAUGAUGAUGUAUGAAUGUCAUCCUUCUGUAUGCCCCGCAGGGGACAAAUGCUGUAACCAACGCUUUCAGAAACGCCAGUAUCCUGAUUGCGAACCGUUCAAAUGUGAGGGAAGGGGUUGGGGUCUUCGUAGCUCCACUGAUCUCAAGAAGGGUCAAUUUGUCUGCGAGUAUGUUGGGGAUUUGAUAGACGAAGAGGAGUGCAAGAAAAGAAUUGAACAUGCCCAUGAGGAUAACAUUACUAACUUCUACAUGCUUACCAUGGACAAAAACAGGAUCAUAGAUGCUGGACCCAAAGGGAACUUCUCUCGCUUCAUGAACCACAGUUGCUGCCCAAAUCUAGAGACGCAAAAGUGGAUGGUGAAUGGGGACAUUCGAGUUGGCCUAUUUACCCUCCGUGAGAUACCGAAGGGAGAGGAGCUGACGUUCAACUACAACCUGGAAUGUCUGGGCAAUGAGAAGAAAGCUUGUGCUUGCGGAGCGGAGAACUGUAGUGGCUUCCUUGGAGUUCGACCCAAGACUGCUGCAGCUGCUGCAAAUGAGAAACGUGCCAAAGAGGCAAAGAAAAGAAAACGGAAGAAGAAGUUGGACCCUCGCAAAGAGCACGAAGACGACUGCUUUCGCUGUGGAGAGGGUGGUGAACUGGUGAUGUGUGACAAAGGAAAUUGUCCAAAAGUUUAUCAUCUUCAGUGCCUGAAGCUGACAAAGCCCCCUUCAGGGAAGUGGCUUUGUCCAUGGCAUCACUGUGAUGACUGUGGCAAACUGUCUACCAGCAGAUGCUCUGAGUGUCCCAAUUCUUACUGUGCUGUCCAUACACAAGGCAAUAUCUUCAUGAUAGAAGGAACAGCUAUUUGCAGUGAUCACACAGACCUCUUGGAAGGCGUUACUCAGUCGCUGAAUGAGUGCUCCAUGAAUGGAAUUCCCAGUGGUGAUAGUGCUGUAGAUUCAGAGUCAGACAUCAGUGUGAAGGCUGACAACGGCAAGAUGUCUUCAAACACAUCAGAAACAGGAUUGCCUAAUGUGUCUGAUAAUGGCAUUAUAUCUUCUAACUCAGAGCCUCCCCUUGCACAGACAGAUUGCCCUAAAAUGGAUGAAGGAACACCGGUGACAGUCGAUGGAGGGGUGACAAGGUCUCAGCCUUCAUCGUCUGAACCUGUUUGUCAUGAAAAUGUUUCUCUUAGUGAUAUUAACGAAUUGGUUGAUUCCAAGAAAAACUUGCUGAGUUCAGACUUGUCAGGUCACAAGGCUUUCACCAGUACAGACUCCAGUGUAAGUCCUGACCAUGUGAAGAGUGUUUCUCGUGGGAGAGGUCGACUGUCAAAAUCAAAGCGUGCUCAAGUCCUCAUUCAAGAAAACAAUAAAGACAGAGGAAAGCAGGGAGCCAAAAAUACUGUUGGCAGUGGUGCAUUCGAUGAGAGUGACAAUGACAGCAUCUCAGACUUGGUCAUUGAUAUUCCGACUGCUUGAUGGAUAUCAUUAUAUGCAUAGUGCUGUUUGUUUCAGUGUUGAAGAAACUUAAUUCAUCACUGUAUGAGGUUGCCUUUCAAUCCCAAAUUUAUGUAUGUGUAAAGAAAUCAUGGAACAGAUAAUUAUAGUCCCAAAAGAUAUGUACCGUGUGGGGAAUGUGUAUGUGAAGUUGUGUGAAGAUCAGGAUAAAUGUGUAUUUUUAAUUAACUGGUCUUCUUUGUCUUUUUAUUUUCUUGAUUAGCACUUUUUGUGUGAUGAAAUGUACAAAUUAUAAUAGGACCAGUCAUACCUUUAGACAGUUUUUUGUUUUGUUUUAAUGCUUGAUUCAGUGAUUUACAUGAAGUAAUUCCCAGAACCAUGUGGUACACCAUAUUUAAAGUAUUAAAGGUUUUGAUAAUUUGAUUCGAUAUCACUGACAAUGAUCUCGUCUCAAAUUGAUUUUGUAUUUGACAUUACUGAGGGUAGAGGCUUUCAACCAGUCCUGGAAGCUUAUUGACCAAGGAUAAACACUUCUGCUACUAAUUUUUUAGGAUGUAGAAGAGACUAUUCCCACUGCUAAAGAUGGCAUUACUCUGUUGUUGUUUUUUGUAGUCUUUUAUAAAGCAGUUCGGCGAGCUUCCUGAGUUGAUCACUAAGCUACUUGUUUCCUGAAUAGUUUCAGUGCUGUACCAAAUUUUUAAAUCUUCUAAUUCUAGGGCUUAAGACAUUACAUGGUAAUGAGUUGUUUGUUUUUAAAUAACAAAGAUGUUUCCAUUAUCCUGGCUAAAGCUACAGGGCAUUGUAAUUGGUCACUCAUUUUGGUUACAAUUAUUUUAAAAAGUAGCAGUAGCCACAUAGUUUUGAAGCUGUUCUCAUUUUGUAGGUUUAAUAGAAAGGGAGUGUUUUGUACUUCUUACAUAAUCUAAUCAGCCAUCUUAGUACAGUGUGCAUUAAUGAGUAGCCACUGAAAUACUCUGCUUGUACUGUGGUAAGUUGUGUGGAAUGAUAACUUAUAAGCUAAAACGGUGAAAAGCCUUUUGCUGUUUCCAUGUUUAUUUAUUAGACUGAUUGGUUAUGGUGGAGCCAGAGUGGACGCGCCUCGCUGUAUUUUUCAGCGCAUAUUUUUGAUGAUCUGUUAACGCGAUGCUCCCAAGAUGCGUGGUGCGAACGGAGUGGGUUGUUAUCAUGGUUGCAUAAACAGCGACGAGCCCAGCGUCGAUAUUGGGUGAAUAGAAUAAAUCAAAGGUGAAAUGUAUAGAGUAGAUCUACCUUCACUUAGUGGACGAAAUACAAACAGAUGAGAAAAGAUGCAUCAGAAUGAAAUCAUCAACAUUUAUGAAGUUUUUGUUGCUGUAGUUUUCAUCCCUCUUGUCUUUUAGGAUUUUUCUUUUUCAACCACAUAAAUGAAUGCUUCUGUGUCCCGUUUUGCUUGACGUAAUUAAAAUGAGCUUACAAACUACACACACCAGACCUAGAUCUAGAAACAAUUUGACGACCGAGGCCCGCGUUUUAAAAAUUCGUCCUCAUCACAAACACUUCGCUUCUGCGACGUCCCCACUCUAGCAGGCCCCACACUCCAUCUCUAAUUAUAAUCUGUCGUCAUCAAAAAGAUGCAUCAAGAAUGCUUACUCGUCCCUUCAGCAAGGUGUUGGAGCCCACUCUGUCUAUACACUUAUACAACUCCCUUUGGUUCUUUGCCCUGGGCUGUUUGAUCAAUUUUGAAUUAUGUGCUGGAUGUGAUGGUUUAAUGCCUUGUCUUGUUUGUUUUUCUCAUAUGAUGUGCAGUUGAUACUUUCACAGUGGAUUGUGCCCCCAUCCUGAUUUAUAUUGAUUGGUUUUAAUGUAGAAAUUCGCAGAACAUGGGAUGUGUAAAUCAAAUUUUUCAUGCUUGGUCAUCUCAUGUUUCAGUUCAACCUUGUUCCAAGGGUCCGGAUACACAAUGAGAAAACAUGUUUGUCUUAAGGGUAUUUUUUUGUCAUUUAAUAGGCCUCAUUAUUUAACGUUCAUGCUUAUGUUUAGUUUAUUAAUAUUAUUACGAGAAGUUAUGACUUGUAAUUCUUGUCUUUCUUAAAUAAAAAAAGGACCCGUGAA